AAAUUUUGCAUUUUUGCAACAACUCAUAAUCAAACAUAGGGAAUUUGGUACAUGAAUGUAUACCCAGCUCCAGACGUUCCAGUGCCUCCAGUGCCUUCAGUAAUAGAUACGGCACUGAACCGAACAUUGACAUAUCUUGAUGCGUCUUUCCAUGCGUUUACUGGUGGCUGAUAGCUAUCACUUUUACACUAAUUGUGUUAAAUUGCAACUUAACAUAUAUUUGCAAUUAAAUAUUGUUCUGUACGCGACGUGACACUAUUUUCAGUGUAUGUGUAUAUACAUAUACAUAUUUUAUAUAUAUAUAUAUAAAACAUGUCAGAUCUUGUAGAAAAUAAAGUUCAAUUGUUGCUUGCCGGACAAGCAUUAGAAAAUGACAUAUGCAAUGUACAUACUCUCGCAAGUGACACAACAGGUACAAAAUCAGGUCAACUAACAGCACAUAUUCCCAUUUGCUCGAAAACAGUAACAUACAUAGUUGCCGCCGUUGUCAUAAAUGACCAAGGCGAAGUGUUAAUGAUACAAGAAGCAAAAGCUUCUUGUACUGGAAAAUGGUACUUACCAGCCGGUAGAGUGGAAAAGAAUGAAAAUCUUAUAAGUGCUGUGAAGAGAGAAGUCUUGGAAGAGACAGGUCUGGUGAUAGCGCCAACAACUCUGAUACUAGUAGAAUGCGCGAAUGGUACAUGGUUUCGUUUUGUUUUUACCGGGGAUAUAGUCGGCGGUACUCUAAAGACACCCGAUCAGGCAAAUGAGGAAUCGCUACAAGCAUGCUGGACACGAAACAUAAAUGACUUACCAUUAAGGUCUAAUGAUAUAAUAUAUCUCUUAGACCGGGGUAAAAGUUAUGUUUCAAAUAAAACUAUUCCCCAACAUCCUCAUUUAAUGCCUAUGAUCAAAUCACAUACAAAAUUAUUGUUAAGAUUAAUAAUUACGUCUAAAAAGAGAGCAACGAACAGAUUACAUAUGCUAUUUGAUACUGAACAAUACAAUCCACCAAUUUGUGAACUUAAUCCAAAUCGUAGUUUAUUGUCUAUUCUGCAUAGCUUUAUGACUGAAAUAUUUGGAAACGAUGUACCACAGCAUAAACCACAUGGUUUAUUGUCUGUAGAAUUUAGCGGUGAACAAGAAGGUGAUGGUCUGUGCUUAAUACUAUUGGUAUCCUUCAAGUUACCAUUGGAAGAUUUGCCUGUAAUUGAAAAAUAUAUUUGGUACGAACUUUCUGAAAAUGUAGCAGAAUCUCUUGCAGCCCGUCUACCACGGAACAUGACUGUCCCUUUGAAGGUCGUACGUUAAUAUACAAAUGUUUUAUUAAGUAAUUAUUUUGUUUGAUGAAAAUGAAUGCUACAAGAUACAAAGGAGAA